UGUGUGUCUGUGUGUGCAUGCAGUCAUUGAAUGGUGCUGCACUAAGGAUAGACGAGCGUCUUCGUGUGGCGAAAGAGAGACGAGAGGAGGCCGAUAGGCAGCAAGCUACGAAGGAAACUCAGAUCCUGGAGCGGGAGCGUAAGGCCAAGCUGCAGGUGGAGCGUCAGAUGGAGGAGCGCCAGAAGAAGCUGGACGAGCAGCGCAGGAAGGAGGAGCAGAGACGCUCGGCCGUGGAGGGAAAGAGGAAGCAAAAACAGGAGGAGGAGAAGGAGCACUAUGAGGCGGUGAUGCGGCGGACCCUGGAGCGCAGCCAGAGAGUGGAGCAGAAGCAGAAGAGGUGGUCCUGGGGAGGGGUUUCAGAGUCAGACAACCGACCUGGAGACRCUGACGCAGGCGCCUCCUCUCCAGUAGCUAUAGUUAUCUCCCCCGCGUCUCCAGAAAAGCCCCCCAGGACUCAAGCUGACAAGCGCUCUACCUCCACAAUGAACCUGAAACAGCCGGCCGAUUCUGGCAUCAACAAGCGCCUGUCCUCCUCCGCCACCCUCAUCAAAUCACCUGACAAAAGUGCUCGUGUGAGGAGUUCGUCACUGAACCGGUUGCCUAGAAACAACAAAGUCGACCUAGACACUCAGCCCACUAAGGAAGGCAGACAAAAGCUUCAGGUGGAACAGACAGGCCCCUCCCUGAUGAAGAGAAGCUCCUCCCUGACACGCGCUGGGGGGGGCAGAACGCCGACCCCCUCCAAGCUCGAUAAGGGGACGUCAGAUGACCAAGCUCGCAUGCCCCUGGCAAGCCCCGUGGACGGAGGGUUCCUCAGUCGCCUUCUCACCCCCACCCAGGCCUCACUAGCUAGGAGCAAGAGCACCGCUGCCCUGUCGGCCGAAGGAGGCGAUGCCCCAGAGUGUCACCUGUGUCCUCGUUCAGCCUCGCCCAGCCCCCUGCACCUGAUGCAGCGAGGACCCGUGCGCAGCCGCAGCAUCGACCGGCAGAAGAGCACCACCCUGCCCACCUCGGCCUCGGCAGACCAACUGAACCCCUCACUGAAGGAGAAACAGUUCUCGUCGCCCGGAGGGAAGCGCCCCGCCUCGCCCUCCAACAUCGCGGGACGCCACCGCUCGCCCUCCCCUGCCACCCUCCCCGCCAGCAAGAGAACCCCCUCCCCCAGUGCAGCAAAGCAAAGCCUCCGUAACCGUCCCCCGUCACCCGGAGGUACCAAACAUCGCCCCCCGUCCCCUCAGCCCAGCUCGGCCAAGCCUCCAUCCCCUCAGCCCACCUCGGCCAAGCCACCACCCAUCCAGAGACCGGCCCUCACCCCGACCGGCCCCCCCACCCUGCGGAAGAAAGACUCCAAGCCAAAGGACCUGUGUCCCAUCCAGGCUGUGGCCCCCCAGUCCCCAGAGCCCCCCCAGACCAGCUCAACACCGACUCCUACUCCCACAUCCUCUAGUAAGACCAAAGACAAGGACGAGAAGUCCAUGGCGGGCACCAACUCUGCAGCCGAGGCCGCCAUGAUCCUUGCUGAGAACCGCCGUCUGGCGCGGGAGAAGAAGGAGAGAGAAGAGGCACUCCGAGUACUGAGAGAGGAGGAGGAGAAGCUGAGGAAGGAGGAGGAGAAACGCUUGGCCGAGGAGGCACGGUUGAAACGCCUGGAGGAGGAGAGGAGGCUGGCGGAGGAGAGGAAGAAAAAGGAGGAGGAGGACGCUCUCAUGGCGGAGGCAGACCGAGAGAGACUGGAGGCUGAGGAGGCCGGGAGACAGGCUGAGCUACAGAAAGAGCGUGAAGAGGCGGAAGCACAGGCUGCAAUUGAUGCAGAGAAGGUCCGCAUUGAGAGGGAGAGGGUAAUGGCCCAGAACCAUAAGGAACGCAUGGAGAGGAAGAAGAGAAUUGAGGAGAUUAUGAAGAGAACCAGAAAAGGGGACCAAGAAAAGGGAGGAGAUGAUGAUGAUGAUGAUGAUGGUGGUGAUGAUGAGGAUGAGAAAGGCAUACAGGAUGAAGAGGGAGAGGAGGAAGGCGAAGAAGAAACCAACUGUGUCGAAACCAAGGACGACGAGUCAACCCAGCCCGGAGAUGUUGCCUUGGAGACGGACGGCCUGGAUGAGGAGGAGCGUGGACUGGCCCGCAGCGAACCAAUGGGAGUGCGGGAGGAGCCGUUGGGAUGCGUGAACGGGAUACCGGAGGCAGACAACAAGGAGAACAACAGAACCACCGCUGGGGAGCCUCUGGCUGUUAGUCCAGUGCCUAAGGGUCGUUUAGUGGGGGGCUCAGAGUUCCUGAACGAGGACUCUAACAAGCUGGCCCCGGGGCUGAACGGUAAACCUGGCCCCUGGAGCUUCGAGGAGUUCAUUGACCUGGGCGUCAACUCCAAGGGCCGUCCCCUCAUCGAUGCUGACGGCCGCAACCAGGGCCUCAUCGACUGUGACGGGGCCCCCAAGGGACCCAGGGUGGCCUUCGAGGACAAGGGGACCCCCGUGGCCACCCUCCACCCCUCCAGUCAGCCCAUCGAAGCCCUGUCAGAGAUGUGAGGCUGCGCUCUCCCUUCAGAGGCUUGUGAAUAUUGCACUUCCAGAGUUCCUGUCCAGCUGAGCUCCAGACCCCCUUACCCCCUCCACACGUACACACCCACCCUCAGCCAGAGGAAGAGCACAGGGGGUGAGGGGGGGGACAGGGACUCCCAGAACGCUAACUUUGCACCCCUACCACAUGAAAAGAAAAACGCUUUUUUUUUUUAUCUAAAAAGAGAAACAAAGCUUCAGGGGAUAAUCUCUAUUCCUCCAAUGUGCUCACUUCAAGGGCUCUCAUCCUCUCAUACUUACAACAGUUGACACUUGGUUAUUUUUUAAAUGUUGUUUUGUUCAUACUGUUGUUUAAGUGUUGUGCAGGGCGUGCGACGUAAUUUAUUAAUUUUGUUGUCUUCGUUAAAUGUAAUUGCUGUUAUCUCAUGUCUAGUUUUAGGGGGGGUAGUCUGGUUUGAGAAUAUUCCAGGAUGUAUGUACAUAACACUUUGCUAUAUGAUCACUAUGAGUUCAUUACUUCUCGUGUCAUGAGUGAGUCAGGAAACUCUAGUACCCCCCCCCCCCCCCCAGAUGUGAUAAAACACAUUCUGAUUGGUGGGCUGGGGAACCUGGGUAUUGUAGUCUCUCAGGGUCUGCCUACAUGAGCCAUAAGUAUCUCCAGUGGAUGAGGGAGUAUUUACACAAAUGUGUGUUACGACUUGCCGGUUCCCAAACCAGAAGCGGCCCUAUGUAACUAAUCCCAUCCUACCCAAAUUGUAAUCCGACCUUGAAUUCUGGAUUUGCUCUCCUUUAAACUCUCCAGGUCCUAUUCUCCCAUGGUUUACCCCUCUCCCCUAUGCCCCCAAAGGGCUGGUCAGAGCCCCUCCGCCUUCCCUUGCCAUCUCCCAGCACUCCCUCACUCCUGCUCUUUUCCUUAUGGCCGCUAGGGGGCACUCAGGUCUAUGAAUCAAACAAAUGGUUUUAUGAAAUGACUGUUGCCUACUAACCUAAGGUAGCAGGCAUAAAAUAAAUGCCUGAGCGGGGCCGGAAGAAACCAGAAGCAUACGGCUUUCAAGCUUCGCCUCUUCUCAGCUUUUCCCCUGAAAACCGGAUGCUCCCGGUUUCUUCCGACACUGCUGAGGGUGGUUGCCUACUAUUUCAAAUUUACAAACUGAAGGAUGUAGGAAUUUGACAAAGCUGGUGAUUUAGUAAAUAUUUGUGAACUGUGGCUGUUAACUUUCGGUUCCUGGUCUUUAGGUUUAUGUCCUCAGAUCUUGACAUGUUAUGUUUUUACAUGUAUGUAGUCUUAAUGUUUAACUAACUCAUAUCAAAUUUGAAUUUAAUUGCAUCCUGAGCGCUGAGGUAUAACUUGACCCCCAGCAAUGACUGCAUGAAUUUAUACUCUUAACAUAUGAAUGGCUAUAGCCCGUAACGGAUUAACGUGUGUGUAUGUUGGUUAAUUGCAGUCAGACGAGGUCCAUGAGUUUCAUUUUACGUGACUUUUCUCUAAGAGGUGUACUAGUCCAGAAACUAACUUGAAUGGUUGGAAGUUCUCUUACGACGCCCAAAGUUCCUUUUUCUAGGGCUAAAACACAGUUUUGACCUGGCUGUAGAUGUAUGGUGUCUCCUACUUUCGCUGUCUGUCUGUCUAGCUCGUUCCAUACAAAUUCCAGUGCUUCUCCACUAAGCUUCUAUGUUACUUCUCCUGGCAAGAAAAAAAAAACGUUUGUUUCAAUUAUUUGUGUCAUAAUUUGGCCGUCUGUUUAUAUACAAUAUAUGAAAAUAUAUUUACUCAUAUUUAAGUGUUAUUGUAUUAUGUAUGUAAUCAGUAUUGGGCCAAUGCGUCUGUGUGGGUGGGGUGGUGUACUGGGAAUGGAUGUUACUUUAUUUAAAUGUUGGUUCUGUUAGACUCGUGCCCUUUGCCAGGGUAGUCAGUGCUGUUACCCUAUGCUCUGUUCUAAAUCAUGCCCUGUCUCCUACCCACUAGGCACUUUAGUAGAUUGGAUUGGUGUCAGCAAUAUGGCAACGAUUCCACAAGGUGAAGCUAUUAUAUUGCUUAUACCUAUCAAAUACUUACAAAUGACCUCAAGUGCCAAGGGAUAGGGACUAAGGGUUGGUGUGGAAUUGAGUCAGGUCCGGUUUUGGUGUUACCCAGGAGGCUACAGGAAACCCUCCUGUUCUCCAGUACUCUGAGCCUAGGGCAGGGGAUCCUCAUACUGUAGAGGGAAGAUGUCUGUGUAUGUUGAUUGAGGGCAUUUUGUGAAGUUCUGACUUUCAUUGCCUUGGUUCCCGACGGGUGGAAUGAAGGGUGGAAAUGUUUCAGUGCUUUAUCACACAGUGUGAACGUUUGCAGGCAUAUGGUGUCUGAAGGUUGCAAUAGGAAGGUUAACAUGGACUCUUGACUACUGCGCCACACACCACUCUGUAUAGCAGCAGUGUGACGGCUUGAGUCUACCGCUAAAUGAUGGAGAUGGGCGCAAAUGCGAUUUGGUCAGUCUUGUUCUUGUCUCGUUUAUGGGUUCCUUAAAAUCUGUGUCGAGAAGCUUGAAUUCCCUAUGCUUGAAUCGUCCAAACGGAGAGGUUUGGGGACCUUAUUUUUUGCUUUCUAAUAAACCUGUUGACUCUGUCACAGUUAAUAAACCAGAAGGUUUCUCUGAAAUAGCUUUAUAUUUUACAUACCUUAUGUCUUGACUUAGACCCAUGAGCUUCGCUUUGAGAAUGUAACUUUAACUAAACAAACAAGCCCUUAAUCAUUUAACAUGCUUCUCUCUCUCUGAGGAGAAACCUUUUUUGUUUUCAUGUGCAAACA